CCAAACCCUCACAGUGCACUGACCCUGCAGCAAAACCCGCACAGUGCGCGGACCCUGCAGCCAAACCUGCACAGUGAGCGGACCCUGCAGCCAAACCCAUGCAGUGAGCGGACGCUGCAGCCAAACCCGCACAGUGAGCGGACCCUGCAGCCAAACCCACAGAGUGAGCAGACCCUGCAGCCAAACCCGCACAGUGAGCGGUCCCUGCAGCCAAACCCGCACAGUGAGCGGACCCUGCAGCCAAACCCACAGAGUGAGCAGACCCUGCAGCCAAACCCGCACAGUGAGCGGUCCCUGCAGCCAAACCCGCACAGUGAGCGGUCCCUGCAGCCAAACCCUCACAGUGAGCGGACCCUGCAGCCAAACCCGCACAGUGAGCGGACCCUGCAGCCAAACCCGCACAGUGAGCGGAUCCUGCAGCCAAACCCGUAUAGUGAGCGGAACCUGCAGCCAAACCCACACAGUGAGCGGACCCUGCAGCCAAACCCAUGCAGUGAGCGGACCCUGCAGCCAAAUUUCGCACAGUGA